GAAAGCAGAAAGCUGUUUAUUUUCUGUUACAUCACUUCAGUUUGCCUUCGAAGGCUGGUCUGUGCUCAGUGUUUUCAUGGUGAUGCAAGUCGGCUCUCUCCUCCAGCAGUUGGAUCGCUCCCAUCUCGCAGCACCUCACAGGUCUCUUCCCCCGAGCAGUGCAUUGCUGGAGCGAGUAGCAGCUCACGAAUCAGCUGCAGGUCCCUGUUUUGAAAAGCACAGAUACAGAGGCCAAGGAAAAGGGUGGACUCCUAUGUGAGCUGGUCUAGAGCAAGCCGAUCAUCAUCUGAAUUCCAGAAGCCCUGUUCAUGUUUGGGGAUAUUUUGUCGACUGCAUGGAAGCAGAGAGAAGCCAAAGGAUGGGAAAUGCCUGCGUCCCCCUGAAAAGAAUUGCUUAUUUCCUAUGUCUCUUUUCUGCGCUUUUGCUGACUGAGGGGAAGAAACCAGCGAAGCCAAAAUGCCCUGCCGUGUGUACUUGUACCAAAGAUAAUGCUUUAUGUGAGAAUGCCAGAUCCAUCCCACGCACCGUUCCUCCUGAUGUUAUCUCAUUAUCCUUUGUGAGAUCUGGUUUUACUGAAAUCUCAGAAGGGAGUUUUUUAUUCACACCAUCGCUGCAGCUCUUGUUAUUCACAUCGAACUCCUUUGAUGUGAUCAGUGAUGAUGCUUUUAUUGGUCUUCCACAUCUAGAAUAUUUAUUCAUAGAAAACAACAACAUCAAGUCAAUUUCAAGACAUACUUUCCGGGGACUAAAGUCUUUAAUUCACCUGAGUCUCGCAAACAACAAUCUCCAGACACUCCCAAAAGAUAUUUUCAAAGGCCUGGAUUCCUUAACAAAUGUGGACCUAAGGGGUAACUCAUUUAAUUGUGACUGUAAAUUGAAGUGGCUGGUGGAAUGGCUAGACCACACCAAUGCAACUGUCGAAGACAUCUACUGUGAAGGCCCCCCAGAAUACAAGAAGCGCAAAAUCAAUAGUCUCUCCUCCAAGGAUUUUGAUUGCAUCAUUACAGAAUUUGCAAAGUCUCAAGACCUGCCUUAUCAAUCACUGUCCAUAGACACUUUUUCUUAUAUGAACGAUGAGUAUGUAGUCAUUGCUCAGCCUUUUACUGGAAAAUGCAUUUUCCUUGAAUGGGAUCAUGUAGAAAAGACCUUCCGGAAUUAUGACAACAUUACAGGCACGUCCACUGUGGUGUGUAAGCCUAUAAUCAUUGAAACUCAGCUCUAUGUCAUUGUGGCCCAACUGUUUGGUGGCUCUCACAUCUAUAAACGAGACAGUUUUGCAAAUAAAUUCAUAAAAAUCCAGGAUAUUGAAAUUCUCAAAAUUCGAAAACCCAAUGACAUUGAAACAUUCAAGAUUGAGAACAACUGGUACUUUGUCGUUGCUGACAGUUCAAAAGCUGGCUUUACUACCAUUUACAAAUGGAAUGGGAAUGGAUUCUACUCCCAUCAGUCCUUACAUGCGUGGUAUAGGGACACUGAUGUGGAAUAUCUAGAAAUUGCCAGAACACCUCAAACACUCAGAACGCCUCAUUUAAUUCUGUCCAGUAGUUCCCAGCACCCUGUCAUUUAUCAAUGGAACAAAGCAACACAGUUAUUUGCUAACCAAACUGACAUUCCUAACAUGGAGGAUGUUUAUGCAGUAAAGCACUUCUCCGUGAAAGGUGACGUCUACAUUUGCUUGACAAGAUUCAUAGGUGAUUCUAAAGUAAUGAAAUGGGGAGGUGCCUCAUUUCAGGAUAUUCAGAGGAUGCCAUCGCGAGGAUCCAUGGUGUUCCAGCCUCUUCAGAUAAAUAAUUAUCAAUAUGCAAUUCUUGGAAGUGACUACUCCUUUACUCAAGUGUAUAACUGGGAUGCAGAUAAAGCCAAAUUUGUAAAAUUCCAGGAAUUAAAUGUUCAGGCACCGAGAUCAUUCACGCAUGUGUCAAUUAAUAAGCGUAAUUUUCUUUUUGCUUCCAGUUUUAAGGGAAAUACACAGAUUUACAAACAUGUCAUAGUUGACUUAAGCGCAUGACACACCAAAUUCUGUGGCUGCCAUCAGAAACUUUCUACAGUACAUGACCUGGAUGAACUCAAUGCAUGAUGACUCGUCUUAUCACACUCGCAAAUGAAUGCCUUUCAAACGUUGAGACUGCUAGAACCAAGCACUACCAGUAUCUCCAUCCUUAACCAUCCAGUCCAGUGGUGUGGGAAGUUACCUUUUAUAUGACAAAAUUGAAUUGUGUAACUGUUCUUUGCAGUGAAGAUGUGUAAAUAAGCGUUUAAUGGUAUCUGUUACUCCAAAAGAAAUAUUAAUAUGUACUUUUCCAUUUAUUUAUUCAUGUCUUCAGAAACAACUGCCAAAUAAAAUGUUUACAUUUUCUUUCAUGUCCCAAAUGUAAUUA